AUGAUUGAAACUUCUACUACUGCAAAUGGUCAAAUUUUAUCAGCAAAGAAUAAUCUAAGCGAACUUUAUUCAACAUAUAAAAAUCAACCAUCAUCACCAACUAUUUCUCGUUCACCAUCAUUGUCAUCAAUACAUUCUUCUUCAUCAUCAUCAUCAUCAUCUUCAUCUUGUUCAUCAAAUAAAGCUAAUACAAAUUUAGCUCUAAACAAAAUAGAUUCUAGUUCAUCGAUAUCUUCCAAUCAGCGUAAAGAAUCAAUAUCAAAACUUCCAUAUCCCGUUUUAUCUGACCAUCGUGAUCCAUCAUCCAUACUUGUUCUAUUACAAAAAGAAACUCACACAACCUCAAAAAAGAUUUCUAGUGUGAUUAAACAAAUCGAAAACUAUGAACAACGUUUAACACUAAAUAUUUAUACCGAAAAUGAAAAGAAAACGUUUAAGUAUGAACGUGCUAAAUUAAAACAACAACUAGAUGCGCUAAAAAAACAUGAACGUCGUGUUAGUUUACAAAUUGAUUUUAUCACAACAAAAACAGAAAUAAAAGGUUUAGAAGAUGAACAAAAACAAAAUAAGAACAAUCAAAAUUCAGAUGAAAUUCAACAAUUUAAAAUUCUAUUGGGAAAAUUAAAACAAAAGUUAGAUAAAAUGAAAAUUUAUAUGAGAACAAGAAAUGAACAAAUGAAAAAGAUUUGUAAUUCUAAAGAACAUGUAACUAAUUCAAAUAAUAAUCGAAAACCAUCAUUAUCAUCUAGUCAAAAACAACAUUUGUAUUCAUCAUCAACAAAAGAUUUGGAUCGAAAACGUCCUUCAACGUCAGUAAAUAAUCAUCCAUCGAACAAACGUUUAAAACCAACAGUACCUGUCGUUCGUUUAGCAUCGCGUGCAACGAGUCAUGAUUCAAAAAAGCAUUCAAAACCACCACCACCGAUUGUACGUUUUGUUAAUAAAACAUCGAAUUCAACAAGUACAACAAUGCAUUCAACAUCUCCGACAACACCAGCUUCAUCAUCAUCGACUCUGUCACCACCUGUAAUUGCAAGCAGAAGUCGUGGUGAUACAAAUAGUACUGAGAUUUCUCUAGAACAAAAUGAACUACCAUCGGUUGAUGAUGACGAUGACCUUGAUCUCGAGCUUGACAUGGAUGAAUUAUUUGAUGAUGAUUCACGUUCACAGCAAACUCUAGAAAGAUUAAAAGCCGAAAAAAAUGUCAACUACAAAUAUCAAAUACGUCAGAAAAGAAGGAUGACAUUAACAUUCAAAUGUUAUCAAAAUGAUUUUUUGAUCAAAAAUUUAAAUAUUGCUUCAUUCGGAGACUGUUUUGGCUCAGUUAUUGCUUGUAUGGCUUUUGCACUUUUGAUUGAAUUAAGUCGAGGUAUUGAUCUUUAUCUUCGAAAUUAUUCCGUAACACAUCGAAGUGGUGAUUCACAUCGAUCAAAUACUUUAUCAGAAAAGACGAUCCAACGGCGAAGAUUUAUGCUUCAUAUGUUACGUACACUUGUGCAUUUAGCUCAAACUGGUUUAAGUUAUAUAUUAAUGUUAAUGAUCAUGAAUAAUUUUGCUGGUUUUUUUCUUUCUGCUAUUAUCGCGCUUGGAAUCGGCUAUUAUCUUUUAAAUGGUGUUCAUCCGUAUACACGUAGUGCUAAUCGUAUUCAUAUGUCAAAUGCUAAUAGCGAUCUUACAAACACAGCAGAUAUUAUUAAUGAAGAUGAUGAACCUUCAGUUGCAUCACACCCACCUUCUAGACUUCAGAGAAUAAUAUCGAUAAACAAUUGA